AAAGACUAGUUUAAAAUGGCUGGAUAUAACAAGUCCAACACCCUACCUAAUCCGAGGACAUCGAAUCUGCCUACAAUAGAUAACCAACAUUUAAAAUUUUCUAAAGAAGAAGGAGAAAAUCCAAGCGGAGAUCAAUUCCGUUCUCGACGGAGAAAUUCAGAACUGGAAUCGGACACUGGAAGUAUUUCUCCGAAUAGUGCCGCGGACAUCGAAGAAACCGAUCAUUCACUUGACGAAUAUUUGCAAGAUCCAGAAAUUCGCGCAGAAAGAAGACCCUCACACAAAGAACAAUCUAUUUCGUGGACACCGGAUAAAACCCCUGGUGCAAUUCCUAAAACAAGACCUUUACGGUGGACAACCGGGAGCUAUUCUGACCAAUUUGAGAAAGAAAAUGAUUUAUUUUUGUAUUAUGUCCCCGUACCACGUUGUAGUAAAAUAGACGAAUUAAUCCGCGGUUUAGAAGAAAAUAAAAAAUUAAAAUAUUUUGACUUCGAACGAGAUUUUUUGCCAAAUAAAUCCCUAUUAAAUGAAUUAGGUGUUUUUCUUCAUACAUCAAAACGAACUGUUAUAGUAUUAUCGCCCUUUUUUUAUGCUUCAAAAAUGCACAUGUACGUUCUUCAAACUGUAGUAUCAUAUUGUGUAGACUAUGAAAUCUGUGCUAUUGUUUCCUUACUGGUUGAUACAGACCCUUCACAAAUGCCAAAAGGUGUAUCAUUAUUUCCCUACAUCGAUACCAAAGAGGAUGGAUGGUUUUUAAAAUUGAAGCGCCAACUGGAUCUAAAAGUUGGCAAGAUUGAAUCAUCGAUUUGCACGAAAUUAAGUCACGUAAGCAUAGAUGAAUUUUCAACUAUUCGUUCAGUGAAUUCUGAGCCCGCAACCAUUCGAAGACAACUGUCCGAGAGAACAAAGCUUGAAAUGCAGAUUUGGUUCAGAUUUAGGUCUGGAAGAUCUAAAACCAUGCCGAACGAAUCAAUUAUACCAAAACCAAAAGAAAGCCAAUACCAAGUUAAAGAGAGGACCGUUGACGAUAAUGUAAUAUUUGCUUGUCAUUUGAGAGCUGAGGGAAAAAAUGUUUAUGAAUGUUCCGAAAUGCACAUCGGAGAAUCUUUGAAGUUAAACGAGGGUGACGUUUUGGAGGUAUUGGAUAAUACAUGUUCUGGAGAUUGUAAGGUUCGUAACAGUCAAGGGCAGACUGGAUAUAUACCAUAUGGUUUGUUAACGCCUUCCUUAUUCCCCCUUCCAAGUGCUGCUGUGAAAUUAGCGAAUCAACCAAUUUCCGAGGCCAAUAAUACUGAAUUCCGCCAGCGUUUGGAAGAAACGGGACUGGAAAUUUAUCAAGCUGUUGAAAACCAUUCGGGAAAUAUAAUGAACUUGAAAGUUAAAAAAGGUGACAUUUUACUCAAAGUUUCUAAUACGGGUAACCGCUGUAAGGUUAAGAAUUAUCACAAUGAAAUUGGCUAUAUUGAUGCAAAAUUAAUUAAAAAAAUAAGUCCACCUAAAACGAUUUGUUAAAAGCACUAUUUGUAAUAAUUAUAAAAAGAACUGUUGUCAAUGGCAUUUUAUCUACCGUUUUCCAUUAUUUAAUUACAAACAUGUCUUAAAUAUUGGAUACUAGUAUUCCAUAUAUUUUGUUAAGAUAACAACAUCAAUAUUGAUUGAAAUCGACCAACAUUAAACUCUAAUUCGUGUUUUUAAAUUCAAACAUUAUGGAUGAUAUUAAAUUAGAGGUUUAGCUCCUUUGAGAGCUGUCGAACUCACCCCGGGCAUUGCAGCUCAUUCACCCCUGCUUAGCUAUCAUCAUCAUCAAUUAUCCGCGCGGCCAGCCGUAAGCGUCCGCUGCGCUGUACAGUCCCGGGUUUGUAGUGAUACAGACUUCUCUCAAAAUGAAAAACGAAUUAACAAUAAAAGUAUUUCCCAAAAAUCGUAUAAUACUAAUACUAGUGUAUGUGCUACAUGAAAUAUAAAUC